AUGUCUGAUCAAGACAUUUACCUAAACAAAUACAGUGAAUUGAGAAGUACAUAUGCAUGGUACAUCGAUUUGUAUAUUGCAUUAUAUCAGUUAAGAACGGAAAAUGAAGAAAAAUUAAAAAAGAUUUACCAAAUGAUCAAAACAGAACUGAUUAAAUCAAUGAAAUAUCUUCCCCAAAAUGCAAUCAAAGAUAUUUCAAACAUCCUUCAGUUUAAUAAUCGCUAUACAAAGUCAUACUUGAAACUUGCGAAAUUAAUUUCCGAUGAUUAUCAAGUAACUAAGGUAAAAGGAAUUUCAAAUGAUUUUAACUAUCUAUUCUUUAAAGAAUAUGGAAUUAAUUUAGACAAUUCUGAUGAUUGGAAAAUUAUGGAUUUUAAAAAGAUAUAUAUUCAUUCAGAAGAUUCAAUUUACAGAGCCAUAAUGUAUGAUGACAAAGAAAGAUUCAUUGUUUUCGUUGAAAUGGAAGAUUUUGAUGAAGAUCAAAAAUUUGAGAGCGAUUUAUAUCCCAUUGUGAAAAACGGAUAUUCAUUACUUGAAUUAUGUUGUUACCACGGAGCAGUUGAUUGUUUCAAGUUCUUAAGAACGAAAUGUGAAUCCGAGAUAACUGAAACAUGUCUUCAGUUAUCAUUUUUAGGAGGAAAUCCAGAGAUUAUGAGUGAAUGCUUGAAAUAUAAAAAAUCAAAUGAAGAUUGCAUGAAAUAUGCCAUUAUUUCGCACAACAUUGAUUUUGUUACAUUCUUGAUGAAUGAGUUUAAUAUAGAGAUCGAUUUAGAAUUAUGCGUUGAAUAUCAAAAUCUUGAAUCAUUAUUAGUUUAUUUCGAUCAAACUAAUGAUAUCAAUAAUUGCUUUGUUUAUUCAACACAGUUUAAUAUUUCCACCAUUUGGAAUUAUUUCCUUUCCCAAGGGGCAAAUAUUAAUGUAAAUGACAAAAAUGGGAAAACUGCUCUUCAUUAUGCAACUAUUAACAAUAAUGACAAAACUGCCGAACUUCUUAUUUUAAAUGGCGCAAAUGUCAAUGUAAAUGACAAAAGUGGGGAAACUGCCCUUCGUUAUGCAUGUAUGAGUAAUAGUAAAGAAACAGCUGAACUUCUUAUUUUAAAUGGCGCAAAUAUCAAGGAAAAAAACAAUUAUGGGAAAACUGCCCUUCGUUAUGCAUGUAUGAGUAAUAGUAAAGAAACAGCUGAACUUCUUAUUUUAAAUGGCGCAAAUAUCAAGGAAAAAAACAAUUAUGGGAAAACCGCUCUUCAUUAUGCAGCAAUUAAUAAUAGUAAAGAAACAGCUGAACUUCUUCUUUUACAUGGUGCUAAUAUCUUUGAAAAAGAUAAUAACGGGAAAACAUCUCUUCAUGCUGCAGCAGAUCAUAAUAGCAAAGAAACAGCUGAACUUCUUAUUUUGCAUGGUGCAAAUAUCUUUGAAAAAGAUAAUUAUGGAAAAACUGCUCUUCAUUAUGCAACUAUUAACAAUAAUGACAAAACAGCCGAACUUCUUCUUUCAUAUGGUGCAAAUAUCAAUGAAAAAGACAAUAAUGGAGGAAAUGCUCUUCAUUAUGCAGGUAUGAGUAAUAGCAAAGAAACUGCUGAACUUCUUAUUUCAUACGGUGCCGAUAUCAAUGAAAAAGAUAAUGAUGGAAACACCACUCUUCAUUUUGCAGCAUAUAAUAAUAGCAAAGAAACUGCCGAAUUUCUUCUCUCACAUGGGGCAAAUAUCAAUAAAAAAGAUGAUAAUAGACAAACAUCUCUUCAUGCCGCAUCUAUUAGUAAUAACAAAGAAAUCGUUGAAUUUCUUCUCUCACAUGGUGCUAAUAUCAAUGAAAAAGAUAAUUAUGGAAAAACUUCAAUUCAUCAUGCAGCAUAUCAUAAUAGUGGAGAAACAGCCGAAAUUCUUAUUUCACAUGGAGCAAAUAUCAAUGAAAAAGAUAAUUAUGGAGUAACUGCUCUUCAUUGUUCAGCAAAUAAUAAUAACACAGAAAUCACGGAACUUCUUCUCUCAUUUGGUGCAAAUAUCAAUGAAAAAGAUAAUAGCGGAUUUACAGCUCUUCAUUAUACAUCAUAUUUUGAUUAUAUUGAAACAGCCGAACUUCUUAUUUCACAUGGCGCUAAUAUCAACGAAAAAGAUAACAAUGGGCAAACACCUCUUCAUGUUGCAUCUACUAAUAAUAACAAAGAAAUCGCCGAACUUCUUCUCUCAUAUGGUGCAAAAAUCAAUGAAAAAGAUAAUAUUGGAAAAACUGCACUUCAUUGUACAGCAGAUAAUGAUAGUGAAGAAACUGCCGAAUUACUUCUUUUACAUGGUGCAAACAUCAAUGAAAAAGAUAAUGAUGGUAAAACUGUUCUUUACUAUGCAUCAGAAAAUAAUAACAAAGGAAUCACCGAACUUCUUUCUUCACAUGAUGCUAAUAUCAACUAA